AUGAAAGUAGUAUUAGUAAUAAGUCUGGUUUUGGCCGUAGGUCAGGCCAAUGUGCAAGUUUUGCCAGGAGUUCCAAACCCCAACACCAAGCCUUCCAAUCUCCCCGGUGUAAUUAACCCAAACACUGACAACGGAUUCAUUUCUGGAGUACCAAACCCUAACUCCAAGCCUUCAAUUCUCCCCGGUGUAAUAAAUCCAAACACUGACGAUGGAUUCAUUUCUGGAGUACCAAACCCCAACUCUAAGCCUUCAAUUCUCCCCGGCGUAAUUAACCCAAACUCUCCAGUAGACUGUGACCCAGAAGGUAAACCGAUUUUACCUGGAGUAAUCAAUCCGGUUGAAGGAGAAGAAUCCAUCAAACCAAACCUUCCAGGCGUUCCAAAUCCUAAUGAAGAAUCCGAAAUUAAGCCAAUACUUCCAGGUGUACCAAAUCCGAACGAAGAAUCCGAAGCUAAGCCAAUACUUCCAGGUGUGCCAAACCCAAACCCCGACCAAGAGUCCGAAGCCAAACCCAUUAUCCCAGGUGUAGAAACACCUGAAGUAGAAGAGGAUAAGGAAACUAAACCAAUACUUCCAGGAGUCGUAAAUCCCGACUGCGACGAAGAACAAAAGGAAACUAAACCUGUGCUUCCAGGUGUUCCAAACCCAAACGGAGACGAACAAGCUGAAACGAAACCAGUUCUUCCAGGAGUUCCAAACCCUAACGGCGACCAAGAAUCCGAAGCUAAGCCAAUACUUCCAGGAGUGCCAAACCCCAACCCCGACCAAGAGUCCGAAGCCAAACCAGUGCUGCCCGGAGUUGAGACUCCAGAAGUAGAAGAAGAGAAGGAAUCGAAGCCAAAUCUUCCAGGAGUUCCCAACCCGAACGGCGACGAAGAGUUAGAGGGCUCCGGCUCUGAGACUCCAGAAGUACUUCCAGGAGUACCUAACCCCAAUGCUGACAAAGAAACUGAAGCUAAGCCAAUACUUCCAGGAGUUGAAACCCCGGAAGCACAAGAGGAAAAUGAAACAAAACCGAUCCUUCCAGGUGUUGUGAACCCGAAUGCUGAGCAAGCUGAGUCCGGAUUCUUUUCGAAGAUGUGGCACAAAAUUUUCUAG